UGGUCCUUUUAUCAUAGUGUUGGCGGACAAAAUCGUCUUAUUGAUAUUUUUAUACAGCUAGCUAGUAACUUCGCGUGCAGAAUGUGAGACCUAAGAAUGUGUAUUCAUUAGUUGUAUCAGAAACCUUAUUCGCACAUUGAUCCGUAAAUGUUGACGGAGUAUGAGUCAGUUGUUUCGUUUCAAUACUCGUGCUUGAAAUAAACUCAUUGUUAUGAAUGAUAUUUUCACUAAUUGCUGUCAAAUUGGACAACUAACAAACAUUCUAGUUGUUGACUAGAUGGGAAUUGUGUAAUGCAGUUAUUAAUGACCAAGGGCUAGUGAAACUUAAAUAAAAACGUGCAGGGUGCAGUAUUCUGGAAAAGAACUAAAAUGAUAUAAGACACAAUGGCCACGGAAUCAAAGGACAAUUUGAUUAUAGAAAUAUUAAGGAAGCUCAUCAUAUCAAUUUUGAUCUAUUUUAUUGGUUAUAUGAAUUGGUCUCUUACAUGGAUAGUGAUACCAGUAGCGAUAAGCAUCGUAACAGAGAAAAAGAAAAUGAAAAACACUAACAGGAGGAAGUUUGCAAAAGAGGCAGCUAAUGGCAACGAGAAGAAGAUUAUUUUGGAGAACAUAAAGGAUCUACCGGCAUGGGUACUCUUCCCCGAUACAGAAAGAGCAGAAUGGUUGAAUAAAGUUGUCAAGCAGUUCUGGCCGUUCGUCAACUUCUUUACCAGAGACUUGAUGAAAAACUACGUGGAACCUAAGCUCAGUAAAAAUUUGGAGAGAUUUGCUUUGAAAGGGUUCCGUUUCGAGAGAAUCGUCCUAGGAAGUGUUCCUUUCAGAACUGGUGGAAUCGUAAUAUAUGAAAAUGUUUCCAGAGAUGAAGUUGUGAUGGAUGUGGACCUCUCGUAUGCUGGUGAUUGUGAUAUUAAAUUUCGUUUGAGAGGACUACUUGGAGGAAUAAAAAAUUUCCAGUUGUAUGGAAAAUUACGUAUAGUUCUCAAACCCUUAAUCCGACAUUUUCCUCUUAUCGGAGGAGUGCAAGUCUUCUUUCUCAAUAAUCCGGAAAUUGAAUUCGAUCUGGAUGGGAUUGCUGGAAUUCUGGACAUACCUGGAAUCAA